AAUUGUACUUAUCAUUCCCACUUCACAGUAUUCUGUGAAGUGAGUAAAAUUUUAUAAACAUAUUUUAUAUAACAUAACAUUUUAAUAAAACUAUUACAAUGACAGACCGUGUAAAGAGUUUUCAGCUCUUAUUUGAUCGUCCCAAUGAGCCGUUGAUUACACCUAAAGGCGAAAAUGGAGCAAUAUUUCAACUUACGCAAGAUCUAUUGCCCGUAGACUAUGAGGACAACGGGAUCGCUCUGAAUAACCGUUUUGGUGAGGAAGCAGAUGAAAAAAUUCCACUGAAACCACUGUCCAAUCCGCCGCAGUUUCCUAUAGCAUCGCAAUUGCCUACUGACGCAGACUUCUCGCUCUUUCUGCCAAGACACCAGGAAAUGGCUACCGAAGUCAUUGACGUACUCAUGAAUAUCCCUGAGAACCAGCUAGACGAUCUACUGUCAUCGUGUGUAUACGCUAGGGGACGCCUAAACCCACAGUUAUUCAACUACUGUUAUUCCGUUGUACUGAUGCACAGACGGGACACAAGAAAUGUGCCGAUACAGAACUUUGCAGAAACAUUCCCGUCCAAGUUUUUGGAUUCACAAGCAUUCGCCCAAGCACGUGAGACAGCUGCUGUCUUUCCCCGUGGGAUACCGCGAACACCGAUCAUCAUUCCAAGAGAUUACACUGCCACGGAUCUAGAAGAGGAACACCGUCUUGCUUAUUGGCGUGAGGACAUUGGAAUCAAUCUACAUCAUUGGCAUUGGCAUUUGGUGUAUCCGUUUACAGCCAGCGACAGAUCCAUCGUUGCUAAGGAUCGUCGCGGAGAAUUGUUCUUCUACAUGCAUCAGCAAAUCAUAGCUCGAUACAAUUGCGAGCGUAUUAACAAUUCUUUAAAGAGAGUAAAAAAGUUUAAUAACUGGCGGGAGCCUAUCCCUGAGGCUUACUUUCCGAAGCUGGACAGCCUAACGUCAUCCCGUGGCUGGCCGCCGCGACAGGCUAAUAUGACGUGGCAAGACUUGAAUCGGCCGGUAGAUGGACUAAACGUUACUAUUUCUGACAUGGAGCGUUGGAGGAGGAACUUGGAAGAAGCUGUCUCCAUGGGAACGGUCACACUGCCUGAUGGUUCAACGCGACCCUUAGAUAUUGACACAUUGGGCAACAUGGUAGAAGCCAGUAUCCUGUCCCCAAACCGGGAACUCUACGGAAGCGUGCACAACAACGGCCACAGCUUCUCUGCCUAUGUGCAUGAUCCGAGUCACCGCUAUCUUGAGAAUUUUGGUGUGAUCGCCGAUGAAGCUACGACGAUGCGCGAUCCGUUCUUCUAUCGAUGGCACGCGUGGGUCGACGAUCUCUUCCAGAAGCAUAAAGAAUCCAACUUCGUACGCCCUUACAGUCGCUCUGAGCUUGAAAAUCCUGGUGUUCAAGUGACCUCAGUUAGCGUGGAAACACAAGGCAGUCCUCAGAACGUUCUCAGUACGUUCUGGAUGUCUAGCGAUGUGGACCUCUCCCGUGGGCUGGAUUUCUCCAACCGUGGCCCAGUAUACGCGCGCUUCACCCAUCUUAAUCAUAGGCCUUUCCGAUAUGUCAUCAAAGUUAACAACUCAGGCAACGCUCGCCGCACCACGGUACGCAUCUUCAUCAGCCCCAAGUUCGACGAGCGCAAUUUGGCUUGGUCACUGGUCGAUCAACGCAAGAUGUUCAUAGAAAUGGACAGAUUCGUCACACCAUUGAAAGCUGGCGAGAACACCAUCACUCGCCAAUCUACGGAGUCGACCUUCACAAUUCCGUUCGAGCAGACAUUCCGCGACCUGUCGGUGCAGGCCGACGACCCGCGCCGCGUCGACCUUGCCGCCUUCAACUUCUGCGGCUGUGGGUGGCCUCAACACAUGCUCGUGCCUAAGGGCACAGAGGCUGGAGCACCUUAUGUGCUUUUCGUUAUGCUCUCCAACUACGACUUGGACAGGAUCGAUGAGCCGGGAAACAGUCCUGAAAUUUCCUGCAAGGAAGCAUCCAGUUUCUGCGGUCUACGCGACAGGAAGUAUCCGGACAAACGCGCCAUGGGCUUCCCGUUCGACAGACCAUCGCGAACCGCGACUAGCAUCGAAGAUUUUAUAUUACCCAACAUGGCCCUACAGGAUAUCACCAUUCGUUUGAAUAACGUCGUAGAGGCUAACCCCAGGAAUCCCCGAACAUAAAUUCCAGGCUUUGCUAUAUGAUAUAUAAAGUAACCAUAUUUUUUUGACUUGUAUAAGACCAACAUGAAAACUUUCAAAAAAAAAAAAAAAAAAAAUUAAAAUCGAUUCACAAGUUUAUUGAUAAAAAGAAGAAAUCGACUAGAUAAAAAAAAAUUCUAUUAAAUUAUAAUAUAAUAAUGCAAAUGAAAGGCUGAUAGUUAAGCUAGUCUUAUGUGUUAGAUGAUAUUUGUACAUAUUUACUUAGUUGUAGAUAGAUGCUGUAAAUAAUUGACCCCAUUUGUAAUAAUUAUAUGAUGCAGGAUUUAUAACUAUAAUAAAGAAAUGCAAAUUA